UCUUUCUGAAGGUGAAGGAUGCGCCUUCCUUUUCUCUGCCUCGCGUUUCUUGUACACGCACUCCAAUGCGACCUACCUUCUGAUGCCGCUUACUCGCUGUUGAGCUCACCGCCGCUUUUGCUCCCCAGUACCCCACGCUUCCUCUCCCGCGUCGUCCUCUCGAUCCGUGGACCCGGCUCACCAUGGACCUCACCGGACCCCGCUUCGCCGCCCCCACCCAAGUCCCCUCCGCCCCUCCCAACCCUAACCCGAGUCCCCGCCCCUUCGGCGGAGGCGGCGGAGGAGGAGGGGGGGGAGGAGGAGGAGGAGGAGGCGGCCACCGCCGCGCCCACUCCGAGACCUUCAUCCGCCUCCCCGACGACUUCCUCUUCGACUCCGACCCCGACUUCGGCAUCUCCGACAUCGACUUCCCCUCCCUCUCCGAUGAUAGCACCUCCACCGGCGCCGCCGCCGCAGCCGCCGCCGGCGGCGGAGCAGUCCCGGCGGACGCCGGGAGGGCGGAUCCGGCGGCGCCGGAGCAGGGGAGGGGAGGUCGGGUGGUGGGAGGGGCGCAUCUGAGGAGCCUCUCGGUGGACGCGGCGUUCUUCGAGAGUUUGGGGUUUCCGAGCGCGGAUACCAGCGGCGGCGGAGGAGGGGGAGGAGGGGCGGUGGAGAAGAGGCCGCACCACCGAAGGGGGGCGUCGAUGGACGGGUCGACCUCGCCGUUCGAGGGGGAGUCGGCGCCUCUGCCGUUUGAUUACGCCAAGAAGGCGAUGGCCGACGGUAGGCUCGCGGAGUUGGCACUGCUUGAUCCAAAGAGAGCAAAAAGGAUACUUGCGAACAGGCAAUCAGCUGCUCGAUCGAAGGAGAGGAAGAUUCGUUACACAAGUGAACUUGAAAAGAAGGUGCAAACACUUCAGACUGAGGCGACAACUCUCUCCGCACAGCUUACGCUUCUGCAGAGAGAAACGACCGGUUUAACUACUGAGAACAGAGAGCUCAAACUGCGUUUACAGGCUAUGGAACAACAGGCUCAGCUUCGAGAUGCUUUGAACGAGACAUUGAGAGAAGAAGUGCAGCGGCUUAAGAUAGCGAGCGGCCAACUUCCAAAUGUGAGACUCAAUCCCUUUAAUGGAGGGAUUCCGCGAGCCAUGCCCUCUUAUAUCCCUCAGCUGCAACAGUUGCCCCAGCUGGGCAGUCAUCGGCCUCCGCAUCUUCAUCAAUCUCAGUCUCAGGCUUCUUCAAACAGCCAGUCUACUAGCGGUCAGUCUCUAAACGACUCAAUGGAUUUCAUGUAGGCAUACUCAACGGACUUAGUCAGGUGAAGAAUAUGGUUCAUGAAUAUUGUAUGCAGAUGAUACAAUCUUGUUGUGGAAUUGUUGUUGUUUGUAUCAUUAAUUGUGAUAAUAUCUAUAGGCGACAUAUUUGACUGUAGAUGACCCACAAUUAGUAAAGGACCAAACUCUAGGUUAAUGUUAUUGGUGCGAUAUCGUUGACUAUAGCCAUUCCUAUACUUUUACAUUAGGUUUGAUAUAUCUGUUAUAACUCUGUAAAGAGAUGUGUACUGUACAACCUGGUCUAUUUUUAUGUGGUGGCUGGUACUAUAGAAAUCGAAAUCAUCUAACUUAUUUUAUCUAA